AUGCGAUCUGCACCUUCCUUUGCUUUGUGCACAGAGCUCUCAGAGCUGUGUAUCGAGGACGUAGACGGGCUCCCAGAGGACGCGAUCGUCGUCAUCAGCGCUCUCAGGCUCAAACGCCUUACAUUAAACAUCAGGUCCAUGCAGCAAGCUCUAGAUGCAGCAGCAUCUAAGCCCAUCAAAUUGAACUUGCCCCAUCUUCAAGUUGCCGACCUUUCCAUACGUUGCUCUGACCUAUACCGUCUCUUUGCAUUAUGCUCUACGGACGGACUCUCCUCACUUACAACCUUAUAUCUUCAUGGUCACGGAGGAGGUAUCGCCAACCCUAUCCAGGUCAUCGACAAUCACAUCAUGCAGCAAGGAGUGCAGGCGCUAGUCGCUACAUUUCGGAACAUGCUCGCUUUACCCAACUUCACUCCAUCGCAUCUUCUUGAUAUUGAUACUCAGAUCAACGCUGUGGACCUCUCACUCAUGAGCAUUUCGCGCUAUAUUUUGCCAGAGCGACGUGCCAAGCUGAGCAUCGACUCGACGCAUUCUCAUCCCAACAACAUCGACAUGCAUGCGUCCGUCAUGGAAGGCAUAUUGUCUGCCAUAAGUCCAUUGCAUGUGGCUAAGCGCCUACACGUCGGACUGAGGUCCUUGUCCCCGCACCCUUUUCAACGCGAUCCUAUCAGCGCGCUGUCAGGCAUGGGAGCUCUCACAACUCUCAGGUUAAGCGGGGAUGUUGGGGGUGUCCGAGAUAUGCUCGAGGUUCUCGCUCAGAGUCGAGAAGAGCCAGUCUCUCUACGGAUACACAUGAUCCUUGACGGGUUCGCCUUGAAAAGAGCCACUCUCGCUCAUUUACACCGGCUGGCAUCUCGCUCUGGAAAUCGUAUCAAGCUUACGAUCAUUGGUCACGCUGAAGAAGCGUGGAAGGCGGCUUUGGCAGGCCAACAUUGCCUUGUGGUGGAGUAUGAGGACGCAUAA